AUGGUUAAUGAUAUAAAACCCAUGGAUGCGCAAAAUAACCUAUUGGUUAAAUUUGCUGAUGAUAUAACGACAAGUGCUCCAGUAAAAUCAGGAUGGGAUUCUGCUGAGGCUGAGGUGGAAAGCAUUCAAAAUUGGUCGGAAGCAACUCAAAUAACAUUAAAUCUUUCUAAAACGUGGGAAAUGGUUGUGCACGGUGGGUCUAUGAAACCGUUACCGGCACCGAUUGUAGGCAUUGAACGAAAGAGCUGGUUGAAAUUAUUAGGUGUCACAUUUCAGGAAAAUCGGCCAUGUUGCUGGGAUUUUCAUAUCGAUGAUCUUCUGUCGAAGGCUAGUGGGC